AUGGAAAAACCAAUUUGUGAAUGUGACAAUGAGCCUAAAGAAACGUUUGCGGACAAAGUCAAGGGACUGUUUCACAGGUUUUCAAAACCAAAAAUUGGUGUUGGGUCUGUUGCACCAACCGUUGAAGGGCUUUGCUAUUCAAAUGGUGAGAUUAAGCAAUUUUCGAGAAAGAAGGACACGUUCCUUGUUCUUGUAUUCUAUUGCCGAGACUUCUCGGUUGUGUGCCCAAAGGAAUUGGUUGAGGUGAAUAACAAGUUUGAAAUGUUCGAAAGCAAAAACGCGGAAGUUGUUGGCAUAUCAGUUGACCCGAUUGAGUCGCACAAAAAGCUUUGCCAGACCACAGACAAAAAGUCCAUUGGUGCGCUCAAGUAUCCGCUCAUAUCCGAUGAAAAUCACAAAAUUAGCGAAUCCUUUGGUCUCAUGAGCUUCACUGGAGUUUCUAACAGGGCGACUGUCAUCAUUGAUCCACAAGGAAUCGUUAGAUCACUGACUGUCCAUUCGCUUGUUUCCGCUAGAAAUGUUGAUGACAUUUUGAAAGACCUGGGGAAUAUGCAGAAGAGUGCAAUUGUGGAAAGAAACACAACUUCGACCACUGUGCAGCACGUUUUUGUUUAA